AUGACCAAAAUUCUGGGGACUUCCACUCUUUCCAAUGACGUCAUCGAGGAACAAGCCGCGCGAACGGUUCAGAGAAUCUAUCGUGGAUAUCGAACGCGAAGAGAGCUGCGUGGUCUUGGUUUAGCUGCUUCCACUCGGUGGGUUGAGGCCUUUCAAGAAGCCCAGUGGCACCAACUCCAUCAACCACCGGAGCCUCGUGUAGCACCCAGAAACGACGGUUUCAACCAAGCUCGUCGAAACUGGCAACGAGCGGUUAGUGUCGCGCGGCGCGUCGGCGGCGACGAUUGUGUUUCCGAAGUUUCGUCUUCCACAGGGACUCGAGAAGAUAAUACAGAGAUUGCAUCAGGGGCUACAGCAAAGAUGAUGGAUCUCCAAUACUUUCUCGAGAUGGUUGAUCUCAAACAUCGACACGGAAGCAAUCUGCGCUCGUACCACACCUAUUGGCGAAAUUCAUCAACCCGCGAAAACUUCUUCUAUUGGUUGGACUAUGGCGAUGGAAAAAGUAUUGAACUUCCGAAAUGCUCACGAAAAAGACUUGAGAAAGACCAAGUCCGCUAUCUCACCAGCGAGGAACGUUUGAAUUAUAUGGUGACGGUAGACGAUGCUGGCCUCUUCCGGUGGGCCAAAAACAGUGAGCCAGUGUGGACAACUACUACCCAUUUCAAAGAUAGCCUCCAGGGGAUAGUGAGAAUUGAGGAUGAUGUGCCUCAAUUCAGUGGAAACUCCAUGACCUUACAGCCAGAUUCCAUCUCGGGCUUAUCACGACCGCCAUCAACAUUGACACCAGCUUCAUCCUCAUCAUCGUCAUCAAUAUCAACUUCUGUAAGGCAGAGCCUCGACAGUCAUAUCUCAAAUGAAGACCCAAAAUAUUUCACCGACGAGGAGUACAAAGCUACAAAGAUGAUGAAAAAGGUGAUGCACGGAAGCCCCGCUGCUGUAUUGAAACGACUUGUGCGCAAGUCCCCAGAGAAAGAAGAGAUGUGGUUAUUCGUUGCAGAUACUUCUUUUCGUUUGUACAUUGGCAUAAAGAAAUCAGGUGCCUUUCAGCAUUCAUCUUUUCUUCGAGGUGCCCGUAUUGCAGCAGCUGGAAUGAUUAAGAUUAAACACGGCCAACUUCGAAGCCUGGCACCACUUAGUGGCCAUUAUCGCCCCCCAGCUGCCAAUUUCAGGGCAUUCCAUCAUUCCCUACAGCAACAAGGCGUUGAUAUGUCUCAUGUUUCCAUGAGCAAGUCUUAUAUCAUGCUCGCUGGAAUUGAAAGUUACACUAAAACGAAACGAAAGGCACGUGCCGUACAUGAGAAGCUUGACAGUUCCAAGGAAAAGUUCCAUCAAUCCGAAGAAUGA